AUGGAGGAAACUUAUUCGAAGAAUAUGGGAUCUCCACAUAGUUCAAUCAUUCAGAACAGUUCGGAUGAUGACCUUGAGAGACAUAAAAGAAAAAAAGGGAGAGUGACGAAAAGAUAAUGAAGAAGGCGAAGAAGUAUAAAAAGUCUAGCUCGAACUCGCCAUCUAGAAGGAGGCACAAGAUGAAACAUGAAAAAAAGGAUAAAGACAAGUCGAUAAAAGUGAGAGAGAUGGAAGUCAUAGCAGGACCUUCUACAUCACUCCAUCAGGUUCCUGAAUACGAAGAUGUUAGUCCAGGAAGCACACCGCCCCCAACGAUUGACCUCGAAAAAUCAGACGAUUGGUUUUCAUUCAUGAGAUCCAGGAGAGAAAAAUUUUUAGAGAUGUAUCACGUCUACAAUGGAUUCGAAACGGAAUAUAGAGCGAAGAGGGAAAAACUUGUUGAAUUGGAAGGGCAAGUUUCUCUCCUCAAAGCGGAAUAUGAUCAAAUGAGAGCAGCUCAACGAGAGAGAUUUGCUCACAUGAAAAAACUUUCUCCUACAAUUCGGACAAUUGGAAAUCUUCAGUAAGGAGAUACAUGAAAAUUCCAUCUUACAUCUCUUGUAAAAAUUUUUAUCUUUCCCUAUACAUUUGCAAUUCAUGUAUCAUAAUAUUUUCUAUAUUAUUUUCAUAUCUGUAUUAUUCAGAGCAAUCGUGUCGAGAAAUCUCCCCCAAUAAAUCUUUUGUAAAUAUUUUUUUUUGUAUGUUGCUAAUAAAGUUAUAUGUGAGUGUCACUUUCUAGUCAUAUUUAAAAGUGUAAAAUUGAUUAUUCAUAUUUGAAAAAAUGAAUAAUGAAUGUAUCAGUUAAUCAUUUAGUUUAAAAAAAACAAAAUAAAGUUAUGUAAUGCAAUUUCUAUUUAUAUGUA